AUGAGAUGGUCCUACAGGCAAGGAGCUAUGAAGGUGGAUCAGUUGAGACCAGUUUUGGAUCAGUUGACACCUACAGACGUCAUAUGGCGCCCAUUCGAGGAUCACAGACGUCACCUUCCUUUUGACGAGCUAUCUCUGUACAGAGGUUUUCUUGUCUGGGGUGACGUACAUGUGCCAUACUUACCUGACAGAUGUCUUCGUCAGUUUGGUCUUCAUCAGUAUAUUCCUCCUCCACCUCCUGCUGAUACGAUGAGCGAUGAUGACAUUGUUAUGGAGUGGAUUGGCUAUGACCGGAGCGUGGCCGAUGAGGUUAGAGACACCGCAACAGUCAGAUACACCUAUGAGACGCUUGAUGGAUAUUUACAGUGGUAUUACCGUGUGUCGCAUCCUCGGGUACCGCCCCCACCUCGUGCGCGUAGAGAGGUUCCAGUUCCUGUCUUUGAUGCAAGACCCGCCGAUCCGGAUUGGUCUCGUGCUUCCACAUUGGUUCAUCGCUAUCUCCGACAGGCGGAGGCAGAGGAGGAUGAUAUAGCGUAUGCUGAUUUGUUCAAGGUUUUAUGCAUUGCUCGUGACCAUUGA